CACCCACACAAAACUAGCAGAAGGAUGGUCUCUUUAACAAGCAGAUAAUACCGGUUCGUUUCAACGUUUUGUAUGUUUUUUUUUCAACAAAGUAAGUCAUGAUAUUUUGUACAUUAUUAGUUAUGUCACUUUUAAACCAAACUAUAAGAUCGUUUUGCUGAAAUGUUUGUAAACAAUCUAUAGCUUCAAAAUGUUUCAAACUAUGAUAUUGAUGUCAUAUAACUAUCAUACUGAUGUCAGUCCGUGCAUCCAUAACUACAUAUUAAUUCUAGAGUUUUAGCUACAGAAUAUUCAUCCGAAGGGGGUCGCCCGUUUGGCUGAAAAACAAAUUGUGCCGCACUGCGCACAGCACCGUACAAUUCAAAAUAUACGACGUGGAACGGAGCAGGAGAGAAGGCGCUAAAAUGCUUCAUCUUGCAGCAGACACUUUAACCAUUUUACCUGGAGUCAUAUUUCUAAAGCAUUAUCCCGCACCACAUACCCAUUAUUUUAAUACCAAACAUUUUCACAAUAUCUAAUACGUAACGUUAGCUAGCUAAAAGUCCUGGUAAAUAACGGUAAGGAAAUUGAUCGUGCUAUCCGGAAUCCUUGGGACGUCCCUACCCCCCGUUGAAAAUGGUUCAGGUAGGGUUAGGUAAGGGUUAUCAUAGUUAAGAUUUAACCGUAAGCAAAUAGUUAUGUACCGCUUCUUGUCUUCUGCUUUUUCCCGCGCUCUCAAUGAACAAAGAAAAAGGUCCUCUUUAGUGCUACUAGCGGCUUCAACAUAUCCCGGGCGGUGGGCGGGUGCAGAUCGUGUUCUUCUUCUUUGGUAUCAUGGCGUUCGCACAUUUUAUUUGGUGCCUGCCGCCUCCUACUGUGCGGUAGUGUGUGUUAUAUCACGUUACAUUAGUGAUACAAAAAUAAAAAGGGGUAACAUUUUUCCAAAAAUCACCACCAACCAUCCCUUCGCCUAUAUACCAAUAUUUCAUACAAAUAAAAUAUCAAAACAUCGUAUAACUUUUCUGCAGUAAAAUCUCGUACACCCAGGUACUUCUCGGCAGCAACCACCUACACUCAUUAAAAACCCACUACCCUAUUCCACUACUUUGACCCUACCUGCUCCUGCACCAUGCCUACUGCCUGGGAGGACUGGACACCAUCACUCAACACGCCCUGUAACUCUUCUGAAGUCAAAUCUCAUAUACCCAAAUACUUCUCUGCAGCUGCCACCACAACACCUAUUUUCUGUGAUUUACGUUCCAUUUCUGCAAUACAGUUGAUAACCAUUGCUAUGAAAACUAAGAAGCCAACCUUACUGAACCAUGAAUCACUCGUUGGCCUAUCCUUCGGUGCUGGCACAAAUCUACGACUCACUGGGAUCCUCUCAGGAUCCCUCACCCUUGACCCAUCUCCCUCGACUUUCUUCACUGCCUCAGCAUAUGACACCUUCUGCACUACUCUGACUCUAGCCACCUCAACCUGCCUCUUUCGCACCGGACACUUCCGAUCCCCAGGAACAUGGGCACCCCUACAAUUGACACACACAACUUUAUCCACUAAAACUUCACAGUCCUCUGUCCCAUGCCCUCCUGCACACUACCCACGUCUUGGAAUCUCCCUCCUACACUCUGCUGUGACAUGACCACAAGCGUGGCACCUGAAACACUGCAGUGGAUUUGGCACAAAGGAUCUUUUUAUUUUUAUUUUACCGUUAUUUUACCAGGCCUGCGUCACACCAAACGGUUCGCAUCACAAACACCAGGAAUCUUCAACUUCAAUUGCUCCACCUCCACACUUAACGCUAAGCCAGAAAUCCCUCCUUUCAAUGGUGACCUGUUCCUAAGAGCAAAGCAAGAAACAGGUCUUGGCCAAAAUUGUGUUCCUGCUUCAGUGGGGCGCAAGCGUGAUACCCUUAUGGAUAUGGAUAGCAUUGAGGGGUUGAAUGAAGUGCGUCCUGCUGUGUACCGCACUGCAAUGAAGCUCCGCUCCUUACAGAAACUCUGCCAUAUGCAUGUUGUGACACUGCGGGAGCUCAUCCCAGCCCUGUGCUCUCUGGGCGGAGCCCGGGACACUGGGGCGGGGCUUAGUGAACAGGAAGUGAGACAGUGCACAAGCAGGAUGUUCCAAAGCGUGUCACAGGAAGUACCUGGGCAGGUGUCGGCAGAGGCGCCAGAACAGACUUGCAGACUGCUGUACAGAUUGUUUGACCGGGGACAGACUGGCGCUGUCUGUCGCAGGUCAGUUGAAGCCGCUCUCAUCUCUCUCUCAGCAGACACACUCUCAGCCAAACACAAGGCUCUGGUUCGUCUGGCAGAGAGGUGCAGUGGGAGAGAGAGCGGUACGGUGAGCAGGAGUGGUCUCAGAGUCGUACUGCAAGACCUCAGCCAGGUGCCGGCUGUAGUGCAGGAGAACCAUGUGUUUGGCUCAGCUGAGACAGCCGUUCGUUCCUGCUUCAGUGGGGUGGUGAGUGCGUGUGUUUGUGAGGAGCAUGUCCUCUCAUGGCUGCAGUGUGAGCCCUGUCUGUUGCUGUGGCUCCCCACCCUGUACCGCCUGUCAGUCAGCGAGAACGUCACACACUCCGUACGCUGCCACACCUGCAAGGCCUACCCCAUCACUGGACUUAGGUAUCGCUGUAUGAAGUGUGUGAACCUUCAUCUGUGCCAAACCUGCUUUCUGACAGAGAGACACACAAAAAAACACAAGAGCUCCCACCCAGUGCUGGAGCACUGCACUCAGCCAUCCUGGAAAGAGUCCCUAGCCUCAUUAGCAUACAGCGCCCGCCACGCCUUGUUACCACGGCGAUACACACACAGGGAGGCAGAGAGGAGAAGGGGCCUAAUCGGGGCGGAGUCACGAGGGGAGCCGCAGACGAGCUUCACUACACCUGACCCUUCACCUCAGUCUGCCGCUGAGGACACACCGCCUGACGACAGAGCCCCUCCCACUAAUCCUCCCCAAUUGCUGGCCACACCCCCAGCUGUUAGGACCAGGAAGGCAUCUAAAGCCCUGCAAACUGAGGAAGAGCAGGAGGAAGCACAGCCACAGAGGAGAGACUCUGUCCUCAUUAAGGACAUCAGGGACCUGCAGAGGGACAAACGGCUGCUGGAGAAGGAGCUGCAGGUGUGGAGGGUAACGGUUCAGUCGGAGCAGGGCUCUCUGGAGGACCGCUGCUCUGAGAUGGAGGCCAACAUGGAAACUCUGAGACAACACAACCUCAGACUGCAGGACAUGAUCUCACAGGCUCUUAGCAUGUCAGGGACACAUGCUGACGUCAUGCCUCAUGCUAAUGUCAUCCCACAUGCUAAAUACAGGCCAGAGAGAGACAUAGCCUGUCCUGUAGAGUCCCAGAGCUCUGCAUCUUCCUCUGGAUCCAGAGAAAGAGAAGAGGAGGAGGAGAGGGAAGAGAAGGCGAGGGAAGAGGAGGAAGAAUGUUGCACAGCAAAGAUGCAGAGGAAUGAGAUGAAGACAGAAGAACAGAGAGGUGAUGAUGAUGAAGAGGAGGAGCAGACUGAGACUGACUCAGUCACAGAGACUCACACUCCCACAAUGCAUGGGAGAAUUACCUCUAACCCACAGCCCUGUGAUGGACAGGUCACUGGGCCAAUGAAAGACCAGAGUGUCUCUGAAGAGGAGUAUUCUGGGAUGUGUAGUUUAGUGGAGGAGGAGCGACUGUGUGAGCUGGUUCAACAACUAAUAAGUGAGCUGUCGCUACACACUCACACACAUAUAGACUGCAGACGGGAGUUGGAGUUGUUGGAGGCUGCAGAGGAAGUGGGGGAUUCUGUGUGUCAUCUCGUCUAUGCAGUGAACACACACUCCGUCCCAAACGCACACACUUCAUGCCCCAUCCUCCUACACAACCACAGGCCAGAGCAUGUAUCCAGAAGGCUUCUCUAGACUUUGACGCCUGAUGAUGUGAGUUAUUGUGUAAAUUCCAUACUUUCCUGUGUAUGAAAGUGAUAUUUGUAUGAAGUACAGUUGUACUGAAAUGAUUCUGCUCUUUCAUUAGAGAAACCUAUGACAAAAUAAUUUAAUUCAUGUGCAUUAUUUAUUAAAUAAACAAGCUUUUGACAAAGUC